AUGGAACAUUUAAAUUUGAAUGGCGCUGAUCAAGCUGCAAUCAUGGAUUUAAUAACAGAACUGAGCGGAAUAAAGGAUUUGAUAAUUGCAAACAUUGCAAACAUGAAAUUGCUUCGUGUGAUUCGCAGCAUCGAUUUUGAGGACGAAAUUUUUCAGGCUAAUGUUCGUUUAGAGAAAGCAUUCACGAAUCUAAAAAAUGGCCUGAAUAGUGAGCAAAAGACGGACUUGGAUGUAUCCGGGUUUGCAUUAUUGCAGCCAAAUCAAAUGAAUGAACUGCUACAGGCUCACGGCGUUAAUGAUCCAAAGAAAAUUGAAUUAGAUAUCCAAGCAUACAGUGGACUGAAUAAGCACGAAUGCAUAGAAAAUAUUUGGAGAAGUAUCAAGAAAAUCGCUCUUGGGGAAAAGGAAUUGAAAAGAGUAAAACGAUUCACUAUUUUCAAAAAACCAGGGAUAUUUGCUUUAUCACCGUUUAUUUUCUCGCCAGGAACUGGUCUCACAGUUUUGGGUCCUGUAAUUCUUUCUCCAAACGUUUUUAGCCCAAACAUAUUAAGCCCUGCAGUGUUCAGCCCUCUUAUCUUUGAUCCAGAUGUACUUGGCCCCUUCAUUUUAUCUCCUUAUGUCUUAUCACCACACAUAUUAUCGCCUUUGAUUCUAGCACCCUUCGUCCUUACUCCAUAUGCACUCUCACCACGUACUGUUUCGCCUUAUGUUCUUAGUCCUUUAGUCCUCAGUCCUUAUAUUCUGUCACCAACUAUAUUAUCACCUCAGGCGCUUGGUGGUUUCUUCCUUUCCCCUAGAAUGCUAUCACCAGCUAUAAUAAGUGACCAGUUUUUAUCUUUAAAUGUUUUAUCACCAACAUUUUUGUCAUAA